AUGGCUAGACGUUGGUUGCUAGGACGUGGUCGGACAGGCCGCCCAACGAACGAUGGGCGUCGAAAGAAGCCCACUCAAGAAGGCUGGGCUGACGGCGAAGCAUCUUGGCUGUCGCAUACGCCGCUCUCCAUCUUGGCCUCAACGAGGUGGUGA